AUGGCAGAAGGAGUUUGUAAAACCGAAGAGGAUGAGGGGCCAAGCACAGAAAGGGACCCACAGUCGUUCCAUGGGGUUGGAGUCUGUAAGUGGUUCAACGUCCGCAUGGGCUUCGGGUUCCUGUCCAUGACCAGCCGGGAGGGAGUGCCGCUGGAUGAACCAAUUGAUGUAUUUGUCCACCAGAGUAAGUUGCAUAUGGAAGGCUUCCGCAGCCUGAAGGAAGGAGAAGCAGUUGAAUUUACCUUCAAGAAAUCAUCAAAAGGCCUCGAGUCCCUGCGAGUGACAGGUCCAGGAGGCAUCUACUGCAUUGGUAGUGACAGGAGACCCAAAGGCAAAAAGGUCCAGAAACGACGGUCCAAAGGUGACAGAUGCUACAACUGCGGAGGCCUGGACCAUCAUGCCAAAGAGUGCAAGUUACCACCCCAGCCCAAAAAGUGCCAUUUCUGCCAGAGCACUGAGCACAUGGUCGCCAGCUGCCCAAUCAAAGCACAGCAGUCCUCACCAGGUUCUCAGGGAAAACCGUCCUCCUUAAAAGAGGACGAGCAGGAGCACACCCACUCAGCACCACCUCCUGAAAAAAUCUGA